GGGACAGCACGAGGAGAAGGGAGGGUUUUGAAAGCUCCUCUGGCUCCUCGUGCGCCCAGGAUCUUUUUUCUCCUUUUCACUUUGGCUGCACACGAUGACCGGGAUGGAAAAGUCAUUGUGCACUUUAGCAGCAGCGUUUUUUCUACUUUACUUGAACGCAGCGCUGAUACAAGCUCAAAAGGCAUCUACAGACAGGAAUUCUUUAUUAAAAUCAACUCCAAGGCCUGCAUCUUCAUUUAGACCAACAAAAGGAACGCUAACUGUUACUACUGUGAAGCCAAAAUAUGGAAAAGUCAAUGCAACUAUUGCUACAACACGAAAAUCUCCAAUCAAAACUACUACUGCGAGACCGAGCCAAAUGGAGACACGUAAACCCACCAAGGAACCCACCAAGGAACCCACCAAGGAACCCACUAAGGAGCCCUUCAAAAAACAGGAUAAAGACGCCAAAGAGGAUAAGACACCAAAACUAGAUUGUCCGCCUCUGGGUCUUGAGUCUUUGAGGGUCCAUGACAGUCAGAUAAGGGCGUCUUCAUCUCUACGGACUGGUCUGGGGGCUCACAGGGGCAGACUUAAUAUACAGUCUGGUAUUGAGGACGGAGACAGAUAUGAUGGAGCUUGGUGCGCGAGACACAAAGACAAGAACCAGUGGCUGGAGGUGGAUGCACUGCACCUCACUAAGUUCACUGGAGUCAUUCUGCAAGGAAGAAACUCCAUCUGGAGCUGGGACUUUGUUGAAACUUACAAAGUGCAAUUGAGCAAUGACUCUGUGAAGUGGCAAACCUGCAUGAACGGCACUGAGGAGGCGAUAUUCAUUGGAAACCAGCACACAGAGAUCCCUGUUCUGGCCCUGCUCCCUGUCCCGACUGUGGCUCGUUACAUCCGGAUCAACCCUCAGACCUGGUACUCCAACGGGACCAUCUGCCUCAGAGCUGAGAUACUGGGCUGUCAGGUUCAGGAUCCUUCAAACAUCUACGCAGAAGAGGACAGUGACUAUAAAGACAAUCUGGAUUUCAGACACCAUAACUACAAAGAUAUGAGAACGCUCAUGAAGUCGGUGCAUGACGAGUGUCCAAACAUCACUCGAAUCUACACCAUUGGGAGAAGUUACCAGGGUCUCAAACUGUACGUCAUGGAGUUCUCUGAUAAUCCUGGAAAACAUGAACUAGGUGAGCCGGAGUUCCGCUACGUGGCCGGGAUGCACGGGAACGAGGCCCUGGGACGAGAGCUGGUCCUGAACCUGAUGCAGUAUUUGUGUCGGGAGUUUAAAAAGGGAAACCAGCGCAUUGCAAGACUCAUAACAGAGACGAGGAUUCACCUGCUUCCGUCAAUGAACCCCGACGGAUAUGAAGAGGCCUAUAAGAAGGGCUCCGAGCUGGCAGGUUGGGCCGAUGGUCGCUACAGUUACGAGGGAAUCGACUUGAACCAUAACUUUCCAGAUCUGAACAACAUCAUGUGGAACGCUCAGGAACGGGCGCUGACAAAAGCCCAGGAAAAAUCCAAAGUUCCCAACCACUACAUCCCUAUGCCCGAGUAUUACACCAAAGAGGACGCCAUGGUUGCCCCUGAAACUCGAGCUGUGAUAAAUUGGAUGGAGGAGAUUCCGUUCGUGCUGAGUGCAAACCUUCAUGGGGGCGAGCUGGUGGUCACUUACCCGUUCGACUGCACUCGGGACUGGGCGCCUCAGGAGGACACGCCCACCGCAGACAACGCCUUCUUCAGGUGGUUAGCUUCAGUCUACGCCUCCACAAACCUGGUCAUGUCCAACCCUGACCGACGCGUGUGCCACUAUGAGAACUUCCAACAGCACAACAACAUCAUAAACGGAGGAGCCUGGCACACUGUUCCUGGAAGUAUGAAUGACUUCAGUUACCUUCACACAAACUGUUUUGAGGUGACAGUAGAGCUGUCGUGUGAUAAGUUUCCUCACGCCUCUGAGCUGCCGAUCGAGUGGGAGAACAACAAAGAGUCUCUGCUCGUCUACAUGGAACAGGUUCACAGAGGGAUCAAAGGAGUGAUCAGGGACAAACAGACCAGAAAAGGAAUCCCAGACGCCAUUAUCAAAGUGGAUGACCAUGAACAUGACAUCAGAUCAGCUGAAGGCGGAGACUACUGGCGGUUGUUAAAUCCUGGUGAAUAUAAGAUCGUUGUUUGGGCGGUUGGUUACUUUCCUUCCAUGCGCCGCUGCACUGUCGGCAUGGAGCCUCAUCCCACUCUCUGCGACUUCACUUUAACCAAAACGCCUGCGGAGGUCCUAAAGCAGAUCAGAGCCAAAAGUGGUAAGAUUCCUCAAGACAUCCAGCUCCGAGUGAGGGCUCUGAGGUUAAAGAAGCUACGCGCAAGCACCAAAGUCAUCAACCAGAAGAGAGAGGGACCAAGGCUGAGGCAAAAGGCCCGAAAACUGAACAGGAAGGCCCGGGCCGCUGGGUUCUGGAGGGCUUAAGUGUGACGAGAGACUACUUGGACAUAUAAAGUGCCCUCCAUAAAUGUUGGCACUCUUGAUAGAAGUUUGGUCAUGCCUUAACUUAGGGUUGUUUUGGAGACUUGCUAACUUUCAAGUGCAUAUGACAGGUUUUCAUGUUUUUCUAAUUAUUACUUUACUUGGUGGGCUAGUAUUUGUGGUAAAUAUUUAUCGUGACAUCUGUUAAGUAGAAGUUUGUAAGAGAAAGUUGGGAAAAAGUUGAACAUUGCAGGAAGUAUUGAUGACUUCAAAAAGGAAUCUCCCUCUUCAUUUUCUGUCAGUUUAAAAAUUCAUAAAAGAAAUAAAGAUGUAAUUUGUUUGUAGUAUGGUUGCUUGGUAACAGUAACAUUACUUUUAUCUCAACCAAGAAGUAAAAUUACCAUCUUUACAAAAAAAAUGCAAACUAUUGAUACUGGAAACUAGGCAAGAGGUUUAGUAAAGGCAUACAUGUUUAGUUUUUAGUUAAAUUGUCUAACCUGUUGUAUGCACUUAAAGACCUCACUAAUUUGUGCCAAACUGUAACUCCUGAUGUAUGUCUGGAUACACAGAUCGUCUUCCAGGCUACUUAACAGGUCCUAACUAAUAUUUCUUGCUUCUUGUCAUCUAAGUUUUAAUACUAUUUUUUGCAUGUCUCAUUGUGAGCGUGGGUCCACUCCAAAUUAUAAUCCCCAGCUAUAAACUUUUUUAUGAUUGCUAUCCAAACGAAUAAAUGAAAAAGUAACAGGUAUGGACUUUUUAAGGGUAGAAUAAUGACUCUGGUGCCAUGUUCUUCGUUUUACUGCUUCUGUGAAAACAGUGAAGAGUUAAGGAUUUAAAUGUCAGCAGGACUGAUAAUUGUACUUUGACAGUGUUUGACCUGGUCCAGCCAGACUGCAAAAGUUAAAUAAAUAUUGUCACUAUUUUCUGAAUGUACAAUGUA